GACGCUUGAAGGCAUCCUACGUCACGCAAAUGGCGGACGUUGUAAACAGAGCCAGCAGCUCCUCGGACGCCGAAGAGAAACGUCUGUUUUUAAGAUGAAUAACGUGGAGUGCGAGCGGCUGGACAGUCUGGAGGGCUGGGUGGCCGUCAAAAGCAACUUAUUCGAAGAAACCGAGACGUUUAAGUUGGGCUUCAUCGUACAGUGGAACGUCAUCGAGUGUAAGUUCGCCGUCACCUGCCACAACCGGACGUUACAACGGCAGAAACGCAAAGCCGAAGUUACCGUCGUCGGCGACCCGGAGAUGAGCUGGGCCGGUCUCUUCUCCGUUAACGAUCUGAAACACAUCCAUCAACACUUCACAUGCGUGUCGGACGUCUUGGCGGCCUGCUUCCCGGAUUUGUCCGAGUUCGAAGACGGCAACAUUUGGGACUUGCUCUUCCUGAAUCGGCGGUCCGGUACCGACGACGACGAGGAGAGGGAUUUUGACACACCGUGCAGGAGACUGGAGAAAUAUUUCAGCACCGCCAUCGAUGUCUGCGGACGAAAGAUUGUCCUCGAUACGUUAUUCACCCAGGAUGAGCGGGACGUCGAGGAGUACUUUGAAAAUCUACAGGAGUUCAAAAGGAAGACGAUGCAGGAGGAGAUGUCCAGGGCCAAGGGUCACCUGCGACAGCUGCUGCAGAGUCAUGGCAGUGCAGACCGAAUGGUUGCGCUGCUCAGCAUCUACGAGGAGGAGGAUGAGGCCUACCAGGACCUGGUCACUGUGGCAACCACCUUCUUCCAGUAUCUGCUCCAGCCUUUCAGGGACAUGCGAGAGCUGGCCUGCCUCUAUAAGAUGGAGAUCCUGAAGUCUUUGGAGUUUGAGGACUUGGGUCCUAAGAGAAUUACAGCUCUGGAGAAGGAGGCGGAGGAGUGGAGGACGAAAGCAGAAGACGCAGUCGCCUCAAUUCAGGACAUCACUGUCACCUACUUUGCACAGACUUCAAAGGCUCUUGCUGGUAUGUUAAAGCAGAUGGAAGAAGACAAGCGUCGUUUCGGAGCUGCUGCCUGGGCGUCUGCAGCUCCCAGACUGGAGAAACUACGCUUCCUGUUGGCCAAAGAAACACUGCAGCAUAUGAGAACUACAGAGAUGUGCCUCAACCGCAAGAAAGACGGCAUCAGAGAAAGGUUGGGCAGCUUGUCUGGCAGAGUCAAGAGCCACAGAACUGAUCUGAGGUCUGCUUCUGAGGACGGCCAGCAGCAGGACACAGUGGACCAGCUUGAGCUGCAGUUCUACGAAAUCCAACUAGAACUGUAUGACACAAAGUUUGAGAUCCUGAAGAAUGAGGAGCAGCUGCUGGUGGCUCAGUUAGACACCGUGCGACGGCAGAUUAAAGAGCUGAAGGAAGAGGUGGUGUACUAUGAUGUGUGUGAGGAUCCAGAGGAGCUGCAGAGCUUGUUCCACACAGGUAUUCAACAAGCAGACUCUCCAGCUGUCAGUCAGCUCAAAAGACGCCUACAGACCUUGGAGACCAAAAGAGGCAACAUCUGUGCCCGGCGAGCUUAUCUCCGCAACAAAAAGGAUCAGUGCAUGGAGGCCAAUGAGCAGAAGCAGCAGCCAGCCAAGCAGAGUGCUGUACUCUUCAGCCAGCAUCAUCAGAUCCACUUGAAACGAGAGAAGAGGAAAGAGGAGGAGCAGAGGAGGAAAGAGUGGGUGGACCAGGAGCGAGAGAAGACUCUGAGCAGAUUACGAUCCUUCAGAGAGAAGCGUCAGGGCCAAUACAUCGUGAAGACUCCUCAGUCCAGGAUGUCUCCUUCAGAAGUCCCGUGUCCCUCCCAGCCGCUGUCCAUAAUCAGCUUCGGCCCCUCUCUUGCCUCUGAAGGACCCUCGUCUGUCCAUCCUGCACCCAGACGCAAAAAAACAACCAAGAAACAGCAGCCUAAAGACAUCCCUGUCCAAAUCUAUUCUGCACCGCCACCUCCAGCAACAACCUGCCCUACUGCACCUCCUCCUCCUCCACCACCACCUCCACCUCCACCACCACCACCACUGCCUCCUGCCUUACCACCUCCACCUAUCCAAGCUUCGCCUUCCUCUGAAGACACACCAAUGCCUCUCAGUGAAAACAAGGACCCUCCUUUUCCAGCCAAGAACAUGCUCAAACAAAAUAUUGGAACGAUGGAUGAAGUGUUGGCCUCGUUGCAGCGUGGACAGAUUCAGCUUCGAAAGGCGCCCGCUCCCAGGACAGCGCCCCCUGCUGUGGACCCGAGGAGCAAUCUGAUGUCUGCCAUCCGACAGGGAGUCACCCUGAAGAAGAUGGUUCCUGUACGCGCAGACGAUCUGAACAGUGGAGACAACGAGCUGGAGCGAAGCAUCAAAGCUGCCAUGAUGAGGAUGAAGAAGGUAUCGGCCGACUCUGAUGAGGAGGACAGAGGAGACGACGAGACACAGAGUACAGACUGGGACAGCUGAGAGCACGCACGCACACAUAUACCAAUUAAGCUGUUCUCUUGCAUUACUGCUUUUGUUUUCCGGUUCUGAGCUACAGCCUAUGUUGCGGCCAAAUGUUCACCAAAAAAGCUUCUUCUUUGAUAGGAAUGAUUUAAACAUUGCAGUUUGUUGAAGUUGUCAAACAGAAAUCAUAUUUGUCAAGUAGCCCUGAGAUGUAAUACAUGCAAAACUGCUCAAAUCCAAGUGGUAGAAUCAGGAUUUAGUCUCCUUUUUAAAUCAGUGGGUUUGCUUCAGCACUCAUUAAGAAGAAAAGCCAACCAGUAGUACUGUAGUACAGUGUGUAAAUGAUUGAAUUUCUCCCAACUCGGCAUCUGAAGGCCUUUUGUAAGACUGUCACACAGCAGGGGAAGCCUGUGCUGCAGGCAGACACGACGACACUACACAACAUGCUUAUUUCCGCACACUGCUGAGUGUAAACUCUGCUGACAUAUUAUCUUUUUGAAUGUAAUUUAAAUCUGAGCACUUGUUUUCUUUAACUUGACUUUACCCCAACAAAGGGCUACUGUAGUUUUGUAGUUUUGUUUUUGCAUUUUAUUACUAAACAAAGCAAGAGUUAUGUCCCUGAGGUGCAGCAGUGUUAAUUAUUUACAGCCUACAUGUUUGAGGUCUACGUCAUUGUUUGUGUUACAGGCUGUUUGAUGCACUGUCCUGUCCCUGUUAGUCUUUUUGUGUCAGAAAUGGGUGAAUGUGUUAGGCUUAAUUUAGGUGCAAUUUAUACAUAAAAUGUUAUUUCUUCUACUUUGAAUGCCAUAACCAAUGAAGUGACAAAGAAUGCUAGAGUUGUUUUUAUUAACCAAUACUUCCUUUUAAUUAUUGAAUUACUCAUUCAUGUACACAGUUCUGUCUCUAACAGUAGCUGAAUCGUCAGAGAAGCUUUCUGACAGGUUAUUGUUGAUGUUUAGGGGCAAAACCUUGUUACUUCUGACCUUUGAACCUGUGACACAGAGCACUUAACUUACCUGAACCUUCCAAAAAAAAGACAAUAAUGUAUUAUCUACAAAAAAUAAAAUACCGUAUGGCACACAGCAUUAAAUGGUUAGCAGAAGAGUUUAAAGAUAUGCAACUUAUUCCAGUGCAUUACAGACGAGCUGAUGAUGUCUGAAACUGCUGUUUCAAUAAUAAAAGUCGACAAGAUUGAUUAUAAA